GGGAAGCACACGUAAAAGAGAGAGAAUGAAACAGAGUGCGAGUAUUCCCACUGACUGAUAUUCUCUACUUCUCCAUCCUCUGAACCAAAUUUUCGCUUUCUUUGUAUAAAAAUUCAAAGCGACGGCUCCGAUCAUCUGCCGCCAGAUCGCAUGGCAAAGUCUGGCGUGGUGGCGGUGGAACCUGAUCCGACGGCGGCGACGAAGAUGUCGGAGUUGAAGAAGGAGUUGAACAGAUUGGUGAACUCCAUCGUCGAUGAUGAUGAUUGCAGCGUUCAAACCAUUGAUCAAGCUAAUGAAGCUCUUUCCGCUCUUAAGGACCUCAAGCUUCGAAGGAGAUCAUCGUCAUCGCCAUCUUCACAAUCUUCGUCCUUGAAGUUAAACGGAAAUUCCGCUUUUCCAGAAGAAUUUAAGUGUCCUCUUUCUAAGGAAUUGAUGAGAGAUCCUGUCAUUGUGGCUUCUGGAAAGUUUUUGUUCAUCUCAAUUAUGCAGACAUAUGAUAGGCCCUUUAUUCAAAAAUGGCUGAAAGCUGGGAACAGAACUUGUCCUCAAACCCAACAAGUCCUCUCACACACUGUCCUAACUCCAAAUCACCUCAUAAGGGAGAUGAUAGAACAGUGGUGCAAGAACCAUGGGGUGGAAUUAUCCAACCAACUUCACUAUGUUUACAAUGAGGAAGAGAUAAUAACAAAAGCAGAUCGUGAUCAUUUUCAUUCUCUGCUUGAGAAAAUGUCCUCAUCAUCACUUUCUGAGCAGAAAGCAGCCGCGAAGCAGCUUCGGUUAUUGACAAAGAAGAUGCCUUUGUACAGAACACUCUUUGGUGAAACUUCACAAGCCACUUCUGAGAUUCUCAAACCAAUCUCUGCAAGCGACUCUUUUAACAACAUCCAUCCCGAUCUCCAAGAAGACGUGAUCACAACACUUUUGAACAUCUCAAUCCAUGACAACAACAAGAAACUUGUCGCAGAAACUCCCUUGGUGAUUUCACUCCUUGUGAAGGCCUUAAAGUCAGGAACUAUAGAAACUAGAAGCAAUUCUGCAGCUACCCUCUUCACUUUAUCUGCUCUAGACUCAAACAAGGAGCUUAUAGGUAAAUCUGGUGCCUUAAAGCCAUUAAUUGACCUGUUAGAAGAAGGCCAUCCUUUAGCCAUGAAAGAUGUUGCUUCAGCACUUUUCACCUUGUGUGUGGUUCAUGAGAACAAGGCAAGAGCAGUGAGGGAAGGGGCAGUAGGUGUUAUACUGAGGAAGAUCUCAAGCCGGGUUUACGUAGACGAAUUGCUCGCGAUCCUCGCACUGCUCUCAAGUCAUCAAAAGGCUGUUCAGGACAUGGUAGAUCUUGCAGCUGUUCCUAACUUGCUUAGCAUCAUGAGGGAGAGCAAUUGUGAAAGAAACAAGGAGAACUGCAUAGCUAUUCUUCAAACUAUAUGUCAGUAUGACAGAGCAAAGUUGAAGGAGAUAAAAGAAGAGGAGAUUACCUUUAAAACUAUCACUGAUCUUGCAUUGAAUGGAACUUCAAGGGCUAAGAGGAAGGCUAGUGGAAUUCUUGAGAGACUGAAUAGGGCUGUUAAUAUUACACAUACUGCAUAAUAGUGUCAUUAUUACUGUGUAUAUUCUGCUUCUGUUUUUCCCAGGUUAAGUUGUUGAAAGUGGGGAGAAAAAAAGAAAGUAAAUUUGUCUCUCACCAAAUUUUGUAAAUUCUUUUGAGUCAAGUCAUUGCCAUGUUCAGGAGUUAUUACUCAUUAGCAACUCAAUAAAGUGAAUCCAGUGCUCUUUUAGUAGAAGGAAUCUUCUUAUAAUCCAAUUCAAUUAUUCUUUUAGUAGUA